AUGUUUCAUGUGAAGCCGUUCUCUCGGAAGAAGUCCGCCACGCACGCCGAGCGGGAGAAGGAGUGCGGGAACCGCCACUUCAAGGAGAAAAAGUACCGCCAGGCCGUGUGUAGCUACAGCCAGACCGUGGUACGGGCGCCGCAGCCCGGCGAUCCAGACGCUGGCGACAUCCUCAGCGUGGGCUACGCGAACCGCUCGGCGGCUCUGCUGCACAUGGGAGAGUUUCGGCUGUGCCUGCAGGACAUUGAAGCAGCGCUGGGUGCCGGCUACCCCGCCCGGCUGCGGUACAAGCUGCUCGACCGGCGCGCCACCUGCCAGCUGAAACUCGGGCAUGUAACAGCGGCCCGGGAAACUCUUAAAGAGUUGCCCGAGGCAUUAAAAGAAGCUGAUCUGGACUCAAAGAAGAGGGAAGUCUGGGAAAAGGAUGUGCAAAAGAAAGCUGAAUCCGCAGCGAAGAUGCAAGAUUUCAAGCCAAUUAUGCUGCAGCAGGAGGAGGAGCUGCCCGCCCUGGAGUCCCGUAGCGACCAUUUCCUCAGCGCCAGCUCAGCAGUGGACGUGACCUACAGCCCGGGGGAGGGACGGUUCGCCGUGGCCGCUCGAGAUGUCAAACCUGGAGAUCUACUGGUGGUGGAAAAAACCGCACGCGUCCGUACUUAUGGCGGAGAAAACCGGAACGCACUGGUCCUGGCUGCGUUUCCGUGCCGCGAGUGCAGCGGGGUGAUGUUCUGCAGUCCGGCGUGCGCGGCGGCCGCCGAGCCCUAUCACCGCUGGGAGUGCUCCAUUCAGGACGUGCUGCAGGCCUCCGGCAUGUCCCCACUCUGCCACCUGGCGCUGAGAAUCAUCACCAAACACGGACUCGAGUUUUUCCAGAAGCUACGUCCGGAGCUGGAGCGUGCCCGCGCGCCGGGGGACCGUCCCAGCACGGACAGCGCCGGAAAGCAGUACGACCCGGACAACUACCUGUCCGUCCACCAGCUGGUGACGCUGUCCGAGCUCCGCAAACCGGAGGACUUCUUCCACCGUACACUGAUGGCCGUGCUGCUGCUCAAACACCUCCGCGUGGCCGGCUUCUUCGGGGAGGUGACCGAGGAUGACCCGGCGGACCGUGCGCUGAGCUCCGACGAGCUGCUGGUGGGCUCUCUGCUGCUGCACCACCUCCAACUUCUGCAGUUUAACGCGCACGAGGUCGGCGAAUACGUCAUGAUGGAGCCCGGCCAAUUCAAACAGAGCCGCAGCGUCUACAUCGGCGUGGCCGUCUACCCGACCGUGUCGUUCUUCAACCACAGCUGCGAGGGAGGCGUCUCCAGGUGUUUUGUCGGCGAUACGCUGGUUGUGCACUCGGUUAUGCCAGUGGCUGCUGGCCAGCCCAUCUUUGAGAACUACGGGCCCAUCUACUCUCACAAGGCAAAGCCGGACCGACAGCACUGGCUCAGCUCCCGAUACUGGUUCGACUGUCGCUGCGUGGCCUGUGAAGAGAACUGGCCCGACUACGACCAGUACGACAUCAACACGGUCCUGCUGAGGUGCACUGGCUGCGGUGCCGGCAUCGAAAACGACGCCUCAGGCAAAGAUCCGGUUGGCGACUGCCCAAAGUGUGGUAAGAAGAACAACGCAGUGGAGCUGUUCCGGCAGAUGCGCGGUGCCCAGGAGAACUAUCACUCGGCCAUGAACAUGAUGCACGAAGGCGAGCCGAAGAAGGCACUGCGCCUGUUCUACCGGUUCAUCGAGCAGUGUCAGGAGCUGGUGGUGCGACCCAACCGCGACCUCAGUCUCUGUCAGGAGGCGGCCAGAAUGUGUCUGGCUGCUCAGGGCAGUCUGCACUGCAUCCGCCAGAAGAAGACCAAUGUCGCCUGAGAACACCUUCGAUCGGUGCACCGUAUGAUUGCAUUCACUGAGCAGCUAGCAAGGCCGGGCAGUGGUGUGUCCAAAGUGUGAAAUAAGUUUUUAUGAUAGAUUUGUGGUGGCGUUUGACAUGUGUGUUUCCCUUAGUGCUCUGAAUGAUCUUGGACUUUGGUGCCACUUUAAUCAGUCAUGAGGUGAAUUGACGGUUCGAGUGUUUCGUAAGAACAUCCCACAACCAAAAUAAGUGUUUUGAAGUAAGAGUGAGUGAAUUUCGGCAGUCUGGGCGACUGGCUCAAUUGGCCAUUGCUAUAGCAAUUCAAAAUCGACAGAAAAUGUUCA